AAGGAAUAAAAUACGGAAGGAAGCAAAGCUGCGGUUUUGAGAGGGUAAGAGAGAGAGAGAGGCGCAGUAAAAAUGAAGAGCUCGACUUCAGGCACAAAAUCACAGGACCUGCUUAAAGCCAUCAAAUCUUCCGAGGUUGUUGAGGAUCGAGUAAGACUGCUCCAGGAAUUGGGGGAUUUAGAUGUAAACGAAAAGUCUGUAGUUAAUUCUCUCAUUGAAUCCUUAACAAUAUAUUGGGAAGACUUUACUUGUCUGGAUAUAUCUCAGUGCACAUUGAAUAAAACUAUCUUACAAGUGGCUGCAAAAUACUUAGAGACUGACAUCUCAGGGUGCCUGGUACAAUUUCUGGUUUUAGGAUCAAAAGCAAAUGUCUGGUGCAGAAAGCAUUUACAAAUGACUCUUAUGUCGUUGGAAGACUCUCCAGAAGAAGAGCAUUCUAGUUUCUUCUAUCAGUUGGUUCUGGAUUUACUCAGCUACUCUGCUGCUAGUUAUUCAGCUUUAGCAAGAUACCCUAGUUCCAUUGAUAAAGAGUUGGUGGGCAGCCUAGAAAAUUUUGUUGCAGAACAGUUCACUCUGAUGAAAGACUUGGUAUCAGAAAUAAAGAGGAUUCAAGUGCCAAGUCCAGAGCUACUGAAGGCAGCACAGAUAACUGUAGACGCUGCGACUCGAUUAUGCAAGGUAUACUGCAAUGGUGUGAACUGGGAUAUCUACCGAGCAAAGUAUGAAAAUGAAAGUUUAAGAGACUGUAAAGAGACUGAAAAUGGUGACCAUGUUGUCCAUGUAACCAAUUGCACAAUUAAAAAGUUGUGUGAGUUGGGCACUGCUGCAGCUAAUGAUGGAGGCAGUCUUGUGAGUCUACUUAAUAUGUCGUGGAAAGGUGUAGUUUCUCUGCUUCAGUUUGGUAGGGGUUCUUUAGCAGCAAAGGUGAAUAUAGCAGAUGUUAUAAUGAACCUAAUCUCAUUGGCGAGUGAAUCAUUGAGAUGUGCUGCUGACACUUGGUCAUCUUCUACAAAGGAAGAAGUCUCUGUGGCAGAGGCCAAAAGGAGUUUCCUUCCAGUUAAGUUUUAUCUAAUAAAUGCUGUAAGAAUUGUUUCACAAUAUCAAAGCCAAGCCCUCUUGGUGUACAAGGAGAUAGCACUGUUGGUUGUUAUGAUAUUAACCUUCAGAAUUGCACUCAGCAUGGUGGAACGUUUGAAAUCUGCAAGUGAAGUACUGGCAGAAAUUUUGGAGCCCACAUCCUUACACUUACUCAACUCUCUGUUAAAUUCAGCUCUGGUGAAGCAAGAAGACAAGUUCCAGAUUUUGGACUGGCUGUUUAUUAACAACAGCGACAUGAGUUCUGUAGCUGAGAGCAUUAGCAGCUGCCACAAUUCAUUAGAUGUGAUAUUUAUCAUAAGUUCCAACGAUAUGAAUAAGGAAAGGAUUUUCUAUCUUGGCCGAAUUACCUUAUUUCUAAGUCUUCUUUUGUGUGCUCCUGACCUUGAAGAUGACAUCAGAAUUGGUAUUGCCAGGAAGCUUGGAUGGCUUUUGGAUACACUGGUAUACGAAGAUGUUUAUUCUUCUUUACUUGUUUUGCAGACUCCCGUAAAGGGUUCUAACCAAAACCAUGAACUGGCUUAUCAACCCAUGGUCCGUGCUGUAGUUCAUGCACUUAAGACAUUCAUGAUUGUGGUCUCUUCAAAUCAGGCAUGGGAUGAAGUAGAAUCAUUUCUCACAGAAAACCUUUUCAACCCUCACUUUCUUUGUUGGGAUAUUGUCUCUGAACUUUGGUGUUUUGUCCUUAGACACGCUGAGCCCAGUAUGGUGAACGAUGUCAUCAAUAAACUAUGUUCACUAUUGAUGCUAACAUCUCAAGAAUCGGCACUGCUUCCUGAUAGCUCUCUGCGGAAAACUGCAAGACUUAUCUGCACUAUUGUUACUUAUGGGCCCGAAUUCUUGGUCGAUCAAGUUUACAGUAGCAUAUUUGACAGCAGCACAUCUCAAUAUGCACUGAAUGUGCAUACGGCACUGCACAUGGAAGGUUUUCCCCUGAAUUUGCUUUCAGAAAAGAAAAGAAGCAUUGCCAAACAGAGAAUAGUGACUCAAUAUUACGACUUCCUGGAGAGCUUUGAAGACGUCUCGCCAAGAGAAAGUUCUGUUUAUGGUGCUCCUGUCUUUGCUCUCUCUGCUGCUUUGCAGUCUCUCCAGGUAAGCCUGUCUGAUACUGACAUGAAAACUGUGAAGUUUUUGAUUGCUAUUAUUCGUAAGUACAAAACCUCCUCAGACAAUGCAAUCAAAGAUGACCACCGAAGGCUUCUCGGAGAAGUGCUAGGUAUCAUAUCUAGCAUGAAGCAUUUGUACUCAUUUGAUGAAAUGGAAGAAGUAAUUUUGGAGCUCCAGAAGCUCUUUAUCUCGAGGCCGUCAUUCUCAGAUAGCCAACUCUUCCUAUGCAAACCUAAUCUAGCUUACUUCAUGGCCGGCCUUGGUCAUAUGAAAUUAGCAGACAGCGAUGACAGCGCGAGGAGUGCUGCUACAUGGGAGCUGUAUCACAUGCUAUUGAGGGAGAGGCACUGGGCUUUUGUUCACCUAGCAAUCACUGCAUUUGGUUACUUUGCUGCUCACACUUCCUGUAAGGAACUCUGGAGGUUUGUGCCACAAGAUGCUGCCCUGUCCUUCGAUUUGGAGGCGGGAAAUGAAACCGACCAAGAGAGGUUCAUGUCAGAGUUGAAGGCAGUGUUGGAGAAGGAUAUGACAUGUCCAACAAUCCCAGCUAGUCCCGAUCAGAUUGCAUUGCUCGUGAGAGAAGGUCAAGUGCUGAGAGAAAUUUUUAGGGACAGUGUGAAAUGUGAUAUGAUGGAUGUUGAGAAUGAGAGACAGCCUAGCAAGAAAAGGAAAUUCCCUAAUGAAAUCUCGAGAGGAGUGGAACUGCUACAGAGCGGCUUGAAGAUUAUGGUAGAUGGCCUUUCAGAUUGGCAGCAGAAUCAACCAGACUCGAGUGACGUUCGUGAAAGGUUUUUGAACCAUUUUAGUUGUCUUGAAGAUGUGGUAGCACACUUGGCUAGACUUGCUGAUAGUAACUGAGUUGCUGCACUUCGAACUCAGGAACGUUCGAUGAUGCUGGGGAGCCAAGAAGCGCCUGUCUUUAAACAGCUACAUCACAUCAGGUGAUUGGUAUGAAUAGAAUGAGGGUGUAAUAGAACGAAAAUACGAAUGAAAUGAAGAUGGUAAAAAAAUGACAAAUUUUAGGUGAUUUGCUAUGUACGAGGAAUACAAAAGGAAUGAAAUUGUGUGAUUGUUUAUUUGAUUCAA